CUUCAAAGUGCAUGACCUCGGCUUGUUCGCUGCAAAAAUGCAGAAGUGAGGUCAAAUUGACGUAAAAAUAUCUGAUUCAAAAUAGACUCUAAUUUGAACAGAUAUUAAUUCAUUCUGUUCACACUGAAAGAACGGUAUAAUAAUUUGAUUUUAAAAAUUUCAACGUCAUAACCAAUUUGGAAGAUUUCAAAAUUCGAAUUAAUUCAAAUUUGUGGUAACCGUAAUGAAAGAUUAAAAAGAUAAAAUAUGUUAUUCACUCGCUCUAAAAGACAAGAAGUAUUCAAAAAUUAUACCAAUUCUCAUGUGGGACCAGGAACAUAUAACAUUCCUCGAGAAUUUGGUGUUCCAGUUAAGAAAUCUAAACCAGUAAAACCUGUGAAAAGCAUUACAAAUCUAUUAAGAGAACUUGAUCCCAAUUACUGUGAGAAAAGCGAAAGACCUGUCCAAAUGAUUUUUGUGAAAAAAUAUCCGAAAAAGAGCAUUUCAUUCGGUAAAAGUAGCCGAAGAUUUCUCCAAGAAACUAAAUUGACUUCACCAGGAGUAGGAGAAUAUAACAUGGAGACAGAAUUAUCUAAAAAACAAAAUUGGCAUAAUCUCCAGCAAGUUGCCUUCGAUACAACAUUUCCAAAAUCCCAAACUCUCACGCUUCCGCCUCAUAGUUAUCCUGGACCUAAUCAUUAUAAUGUGAAGCAUACAUGGACGAAAGAUGACAAAUGGAAAAGCAAAAGAGCAUCUUACUUCACUAGUGACAAAUCUAAAAAUUUAUUUGCUCCCUUGAGCCAUCCUAGUGUCGGACAAUAUAACAUAAUUUCAGGAUUAGAAUUGAUAACAAGAAGGAAAGAUUUCCAUAGUACAUUAUACGAUGGUAAACGUGGAGUGGCUUUCAAUACGUCGGCUUCACGAAAAUGCGAAAUACCAAUGGCAAAGUGCAUUAUUCAGGUUCCUGAUAAACCCAAACAAAUAAUUGAAGAAAAGAAUCCAUCCGUAACUUUUAGCAAAGAGAGAAGAUUCGUGACAAAAUCAAGUGAUGUACCUGGACCGGGAGCUUAUGAUAUAAGUCCAUUCUACGCUCAUACCAUUUUGAAGAGAUCCUUCAAUCUGAAAGCUGCUCUUUCUACAAACCGUCGAAUCAAUCAAUCGAUGGCUGCUCCAACUUUCGGCGCCGCUUAUCACAUAGAUACCAAGUGGAUAGAUGGUAUUAAUCUGGAUGACUACAAUUUAGAAGAAACAGCAGACAGUUAUAUAGCUGUGCCAAAGUCACAAAAUGCUGUUAAUUAAUCCAAACUCUUAAUAAAUUUUGAUAAAAAAUGAAAAACUACGUUGUGAUUUAAUGGCAUUUAUUAAUAUAUGAGCAAACAUCAAA